ACUAUGAAUGCAUCAUCGAGAAACAUUGAAAUUAAAGCAAAAGUGAGAAAUGUUGAGGAUCUGAUCGCCAAGGCAAAGCAGUUGAGUGCCAGUGAAGGCACUAUCCUUAACCAACAUGACAUCUUCUUCCACACCACAAACCCUCUUAACCGUCUUAAACUCAGAGAAGAGAACGGAACUGGAACAUUAAUAUCCUAUAGUCGCCCAGACGUGGAAGGGCCAAAGUUGAGCGAGUACGUCAAGUGCAACGUUAGUGAUGUUCCAGGGCUAACUUCAGUGCUGGCAGAUGCUCUUGGGAAAAAAGGAUCAGUAAAAAAACAACGGUUUUUAUACCUUGUUGGUCAAACACGAAUUCACAUAGACAGAGUUGAAGAAUUGGGUGAUUUUAUGGAACUAGAGGUGAUGUUAAAAGAAGGUCAGAGUGCAGAGGAGGGAGAGGCCAUUGCUGCUAAUCUGAUGACACAACUUGGAGUCUCUGAGAGUGACUUGCUGUCUGGAGCUUACAUGGAUAUUUUGCCUAAAUCCUCAUAGCAAAAGCACUCAGAUUGGAGGUUUACAAUAGAGGAGUUGAUAACGCUCUGGUGGCCCUCCAUGGCGUAUCACUUCUCUAACCAUAGCUUUUCCCCACCUAAUCCCCGAGAAGUUUCAGAAGCAGGCUUCAGUGCCGAUGACCACUAUGAAGGGUGGAAGUUCAAACUUAUUGACUAUUGGUCCUCCUACGAUACACUCUUCUGGCUGCUGAGUGAACUAUACAAACUGCAAGUGCAGAACCCGGCGACUCUCAAACUAGAGCACUUUGUCAACACAAGAGGAUGCGAUCUAAAGAAUUUCUCCGUGGAGGACUUCCGCAAGAUCAUCCCCCAGUAUGGGGACAUCUUGUAUCAUCAGCUGCAGACCAAGUUGAAGAGUGUGAUGAACGAGGUGUGGGGCAGAGAAGGGAUGCCUCAGCCGACCCCAGGUCCGAGUCAUCCGCUACACAUGGCCUACUUCGACCAACCUCAGAUGCCCCCCCACAUGCCUGAUACAUCAACCAAUCAUUGGCCGAUUGACGGGCCAUCCACAAAACAUUGGCCUAUGGAUAGGCCUCCCACCAAACAAUGGCCUACGGAUAGGCCUCCCACCAAACACUGGCCUACGGAUAGGCCUCCCACCAAACACUGGCCUACGGAUAGGCCUCCCACAAAACACUGGCCUACUGAAAGGCCUCCCUCAAAACACUGGCCUACUGAAAGUCCUUCCACAAAACACUGGCCUAUAGAAAGGCGGAUCUACGACUGUUGGGCUUACAAGAGUAUUUCAGAGUGGUCACCGAGUGACACUUUGGACUGUUUCAUUCAUGAAUUAUUCCAACUGAACAUCAACCCAGCAAGCGUCAGUCUCAACAACUUCCGAGAUGUCAGCGGCCGAGACCUGGUAAGGAUGACAUUAGAUGACUUCAAGUUGAGGUUGCCUGAGUGCGGUGAACUACUUUACCAUCAUCUUCAGCUAAAAAUAAGGUCAAACUCACAAUCUGAACUGGUUUGGAGCAGGACUCAUGAAAAUCGAGUAAUUUCUAAUCAAAGUAUUAAUCAAGAAUUUUCUUAUGCUCAUAGACAAGAAAUACCGUACGCCCAUCCAAGCUGCUUUAGAUGGAAACCAGAAGUUUUCCCAGGAGGGUCAGCUGAUAAUGAUACGGUACUCAACUUAUCCAGAGAACACACAUCGACUUCUGCCUGUGAUUUGUCUAUUACAAGUGUCAGUUUACCAGCAUCAUCGUCUGUCAGCAGUUCACAGUCUACUUCAUUUGAGCCGGCUCCUACGGUUUCAAAGAGUCAGUGUUCAGUUUCCAAAAGCAAUUUCUCAAUACUGAAUUUAACAAAAGAUUGUGUGAAACACACCAGCUCGGUUAUCAAACAAGAGAAUGAGUCUGAUCCCCUUCCCCCUGAUACAGCGGAGACCAUCGCACAAGAAGUGGAGUGCUCUCCUCAGCGUCCGGCGUCUAGAGACAGUUGUUGUGUGGAAAACACUCAAGACUCUGUCGCGUCAGCUGCUGACUCUGAACACACCAAAGGAGUUGAGGGUUCUGCGAUGGACCAUGGUUACAAUUCAGAGACCAAUGAUGAAAUUCAGAGUGACCAAGAAGAGAGUUACAAAAAAGUGAAAAGGAAACCUGGAAGACCACGAAGUUUACACAAAAAGGACAAAGUAAAAGGUAAGGUGGGUAGAGUUUGGGAAUUUAUACGUGAUCUAAUCAUGGACCCAAAAUACAACCCCAAAGUGAUCUCAUGGGAAGAUCGAGAGAAAGGGUUGUUUCGCUUUCGAAGCGGAGACCAAGUUGCCAAGCUGUGGGGCUGCAAGCGGGGAAACCCUCGCAUGAACUUUGAAAACUUCAGUAGAUCCAUCAGGCAAAACUACAAGAAAGGUUACUUGUUGCCGGUGGAGAAGAUUCGUCUGGUGUACCAGUUCGGGCCUCGCUCCACGGGUUGGCGUCCGGGUGAUCCCCCCACUAAACCCGUCACUCUCCCCUCCAACACCCCCUCCCCCUCCGCCGCGGCUGCUACCACUACUGUUGCUCAAUAGAUUGUACCCCCCCCCUUUGUAGUGGCUGCAAAGGCUUAUUUAUGGUGUUACUUAGUGUUUAAUGUAUUUUUUAUAAAUUUGUUAUUCUAUAUGUUAAAUGUCUUAAUUUAUUUGAAUCUUAUAACAAAUUGACUUGAUAGACAAGUAUAAAAAUGUAAUGGUUUCAGUUAAAUUCUGGAACGUAUAAAAAGCGGAAUGAAAAUAUUCAAUAAUUAGAAUAUUUUAAAAGCUUGGUUAAAAAAUGAAAGCAACAACUUUAUCACUGAAACUCGUUAUUUAUUUCUUAUUACGUUUAUGUUGAUAAUUUACUGUUUUGCUUGAAUGUUAAAUGCUAGAAAGUUGUAAAUAAACGGUUUACUAUUACGGUUUAAAUAUUUCUAAAAUUUUAUUAUAUAUGUAAAUUGUUGUUGAUAUGGAGAUGUAGGUAUUUUAUUAUAUAGCCUACCUAGUUUAUAUUUUUGUAUGAAGAUACUUUGUAAGAGUAAUUUUAUAGUUAGUAAGUAUAAAUUAAAUAGGCCCAAUUAUUCCCUUGAAAAUAUAAUUUUGUGAAGUUUGUUUACAGAUAGUGUAGUUAUUUGAGGAACAAGGCCCAUUUACUACAGGGUUUGUUAGAUUUAACGUUUGAGGUCCACUACCACCUGAGUGACUUGAGUCUUGUGUGCUGAUGUGUUUUGAGCACAAAUUGAAAUUAACCUUAAAUACUCACUGGAGCAUAGUUUGUUUUUCAUGGCUUAUCUUGUAUAAUGAGUUUUUCACUUUAACACGUUUGCUGUACUAUUCUCUGUCACUUGCAUGAGUGUUUGUAUGCUUGAACAUCAUACAAUACGUCAAAUACACUUAUAAUUAUUGUUGAGCAAAUCAAAAAACGAAGUAAAGUUAAGUUGAUUUUAACAACUGCUGUCCAAAGUUAUGUAAAACCAGUAAAGAAAGAGAUUACGUUACGAUAGUGAACAUCUAUCCUCAACAGAUUAAACGUUGGUUAAAAAUUAAGAGCUUUAUCUGUAGAAAUUAUGGUCAAUGAUAAAAAUAAAAACGUGUGUAUAUUAAGUUUGAUAAGCCUCGCGCUUUGUAGGAGGAGCCUUAACACUUUUUCCAGGAUCAACUUGCUUGUUGUGAAUCAGUAGAAAGGCACCUAGUGCCUUUUUAUUAAACAAACUGAAACAUAGGAACAGCAUUCAGGGCGUCUUAAAUAAGUAUUGCUUUAUAAACUGUGGAUUUGUCCUUCAAAAGUGUAUUCUUUUGUGGCAUGGUAAAAAGGUUGGGACCACAAUAAUGCAUAUGUUGAGUUUGUGUAUAUGUGUUAAUUUCUCAGGGUAAAAAAGUCAAACCUUAAAAAUGUUUGUCACUAAGAUAAAUUAAAAUCCCUCAGGUAAAGGUGAAAACUAUUAAUAUAUUUAGACACUUUUAAAAACUUAUACUGUAAUAACUUUAUAUAAUAUUUUUCUUGUUAUUUUAUUUUCUGAUCUUUAUCUUAGAAACAAAAUUAACAGUCUGCUUUACCUAUCAGCUACAACCCAUUUAUAGGACUACAUAAAUGGAUUAUCAAUAUGACAUCAUAAUUCAUAACACGAUGCACAUUAGCUUUUCCCAUUCUUCAGUAGAAUUUAUUUUGUCUUUCUUCAACUUUUCUUAAUAAGUGUAAGAUUCAUUUUCAUUAGAUAAAAACAAUGUGUAUAACCGCUUUAACACAUUUGUGAUAGCUUCAAAAGUGAAACUGUUUUAAAAGCAUGUGCAGCAUUUAAUUGUUUUUGUAGUUUAGUUUGGUUUCAACAAUAAUAAUUAUUCUCUUUAAUUAACACUGCUAUUUUUUAAAGGAUGAUUAGAUUUUAGUUCACUUUUUUGACACUGGGGCACUAGUCUUCACAGGAUGUAUCUCUUUAACUUGAUAAUGUAAAACUCUUCAAAGUUAACAUUGUUUUUUUAAAAACACAGUACACCAAGUCAAUGUUACUUAAAUUUUCAUGGGCUUCUUUAAACCUUUAAAGUGCCUAAAAACCAUAUUUUCACAUGUAUUUGUCUCCUUUUACUGUUUUAACAGUAGUUUGUAAAUUAGGUUUUCCACCCAUAACAAUGGCACUAAUAUCAGGGGCGGUGCCUUAUAGCUUUCCUUUUGAAAAUUAUUAUCUUCAUUAAUUAGUUUUGGAAUAAAGUAGGAAAUGUAUGUUUCAAGCACUUGCAUGUCAAUUAUUAUUGGGUUUUAACAGUUUAACUUGGGUUGAUAUGUAUAAAUGUUUGAAAAUACAUUUACGCAUGGUAUUUAAAUACUAAAUUAGAUAAUGUUAAUGUUAUUGCAAGAUUUUAUAAAUAAAGUAAAGUGCUGUUUAGUCUCUUACAGUAUAUUUACAAAUUGAGCUUUUAAACAGCACAAGGCCUAUUUAAGAAUCACUGGAUUUCGAUAAAGUGUAAUUUAAUUUUGCUUCCUAUUAAACCUUAAUUUUUUGUAUAUGAGUAAAAACUCCUUCAGUCUUAUAGUUAAAUGAUUGUUUGAAAUUUUAAAUAUUUUAUAGCAAAGAUGUUUGCUAGUAGGAAAACGGUCAUAAAAAAUUGCAAAAGUAAACAUAGAUAGGCUACUAGAUAGAUAUUAUAUUCUUUCAAUAUAUGUACAAUUCCAUUUUUUUUUAUCAUUGCUAAUACGUAGCCCUAUGUCUUAAACUCAAACUUUAAAAAUCUGGUCCUAAAUGUAAAACUUUAUUACAUCAAAAAUUAUAGAAAAGGCAAUUAGUAUAUUUAGGCUAUGUUUUGCGUUUGUUAUUAGCUUUGAAAAUCUAAAAAGGCAAACGAUUUAUAUUAUCUUAGCCUAUAUUGCCAUGUAAACUGAAGGGUUUUAUUUUUUUAAAUUGUAUUGUAACUCCAAUUAAAUUCUAUAUUCUUCGAUCUUUUUCUGUAAAUGUUGCUACAUAAUGUCAUUAAUGUCUGUGAUCGUCUUAGCAUUGGUCAUUGUCAUAGGUUCUCCGGAAUACCAGAACGUGAUUUUUAAUAUUUUUCAAAUGAAUUUUAGCUUUUGUUGUGAACAUGUUUUCCUUAGUCGAUGGUUCUUUAAUGUAUCUGUUCCACAGCUAUUGUAUUUUCUGUGUGCAAUUUCACCCAUAACAUGUUAUAGACUAGUAAGCCUAAACUGGCGAGCACAUAAGCAGACAGUGAAGCCAAAUUAAUGUACCAAUAUUAUUGUGUUAGGCCUAUCGCAAAUGUUUAAUUGUGAAAUGCUCAAAGAAGUACCAUGACUGUUAAAUGUAGUUUUGGGAAUCGGCACACUCAUCAAGCACUGGUGACUGUUACACACUUACUUAUGCUAAAUGUUGUGUUAUAACGCCCUCACUAGAGUAGGAACCCUCACUAGAGUAGGAAACACCCCUUACCUCACUGUUGGUUAUCUUCAUCUGCUCAAGAAUAUUUAAUAUAGUCCUUAAACUUUAAACACAUUGAAGGUAAAUAUUGCUAUUUGGCACUUUACUUCUGUUCUCCAUUUAUUUUGAUUUUUAUUCAACAGUAUUGGGGUGAAAUAUAAAUUCAAUGGUCACUUUUUCGGCACAAUAUAGAAAAUACAUGUUCUUUUUAUCUAAUAGAAAAUAAAAUAUUUUCAGUAAUUGAUUUAAAAUAAUACAAUUUGUUUAAGCUGGAAUUACUGAAAUUCACACCACUCACAAUUUUAGGAAUAAUAUGAGUUACAAUUUGAGAUACAAUUUUUCUAACCCUAACAUUUUGUGCUAAUUUUAAAGUAGGCUGUAGGAAAGUUACUCUCAGAGUUUGCAAGACAGUGAGAUAUUUUACCUGCAAUGUGUUUUUACAGAGAAGUGAGGUAAAGAGGAAACUUGCUUAUAGGACAACCGUGCUCUUUCAGCUCUUGUGUGUUGUGCCAAAAAUAUACUUGUGACAAGCAAGGAAGAGCCCUGCUAGCACUGUGCGGAUAUUCCUUUUACACAGGGCACAGGGUCUUCCUCCAACGUCAGCGUUGUAGAACAUGAGGACAUUGACAUUGCCCUAGACACCACUUAAGUUAACCAUUGAAUUUUUCCUUACCUUACUUCUCUGUGGUUUAAUAUAGUAAAGUAUGUACUUCUUGAUUUCUGCUUUAUAGUGAAUAAAGAGUGCUCAAGUCUCUACCAAUCUGUACCAAAUGAGUGGUUUUUGUAGAUGUGAUAUUCUAUUUCAAGAGAUAAAUCAAAUAUUUUUGUAAAUUUAUAAAGUAAACAUUGUUUUUAUUAUUAUUUCUAUACUUUGAGAAAUGUUAAAAUACUGGUAAAAUGGAUAUUGUGUUGAUAUCUUGUAAAGUAAAUUGUUAACCUUCAUAAACAUCGAAUGUGUAUUUUACAAGUUAAAAAUUUAUAAAUUUACUCCAGCCAUCAAAAAAAUCCAUUUUGCUAGUUAUUGAAUAUACUUAAAAUAAAAAUAUAAUUGGUAACUUUUGAUGAACUAUAUAUCUGCUUCUAGUUCAACAGCACAUGUUAACUAGUUUCACAAAAUAAAUACUUGGAAUACAUAAAAAUUUUAUUUCUACCUGUAAAUCUCAGUAAGCGUGUGUUGUUUGUAUUUUUCAUAGUAAUGCAUAGUCCGGAUGUGACCAUAGGUCUAGUUAAUGCCAACAUAAAUUCUUGUGUUUAUAAUUGUUGUAUCUCUAUGAAAGUUUGUACCAGUUUUUGCAAGGUUGUAUCCUAUAUGUUAGUAGCUAUGUGUUCUUCAAUUGAAACUGUUGAUGGCAUCUAUAUGGAUUUAAUGUUUCAUCUGAUUCUUUUAUCGAUAGAAUCAUAUCAGUGUUUGGGCCUAUCGCCUACUUCCUCCCCUAAAUAAACAAUUAAUUGUUUGCCAUAACAGCAUUCCAAGUCAUUGAAAUAAAUAUACUUUGAAAGAAAAUCAUAUUGUUAAAAAGUGUUGUCAUACAAGGUGAUCUUCUGAGUCCAUCCUGUUUCUUUAUUUAAUUUUAAAGCAAUAAAAUGAAAACUUCAUAAAGCAAGGAAGACUGACAAACCAACAGUUUUAGAAAUGAUUGCUUAGUUGUUCACCGUGAAAUACUUUACUUUGCCUGUUUAAGACUGAAAAUAAUAAGAGAUCUUGGAAGUGCCAUGUUGUGGGGUACUGCUUAAAGUCUUCAUCUAAUUGUUGUUAUAAACAAGGUGUCUAUUCUGAUUUGCGUUAUUGAGAAUUUGAUUUUUCUAUCAGUGUUUUUAUUCUUAGUAAUUUUAGAAUAAAUGUUUUUACCAGUUUUCAUAUAAAGAACAUUACCGAUAUUUUGUACUUGCAGUAUUGUAUUGCAAUUUAAAAAAAUAUAUUUAUUUCUAGUUUUUUCAUAGUUUUCUACAUUCUAAUUAGAGACAUCAGGAAUAGAUGCCUUGCGUGGUUUGUGUGCACAUUAAAUGAUUUCAUAAUUCUGUAGGCAGUGCUAAUGUAGUUAAUUAUUAAUAUAUUUACAAUUAAGUGUUUUCUUUUAUAAUGUGUAAUAUCUGGACCGAUACAGGGUAUUUAGUGGAAACUAGUAAAAAUACUGUAAUCAAUUAUCAAUGUUUUUAAUCACACUUCCCCUAUAAGUAGUUUCAGAAACCUAAAGAAAUAACAAAUUGCAUUAGUAAGUUAUUUAAUUUAAUUUUACAAACCAUAAUAUUACAUUUAAUGACUAUACAGUUUAAAAAAAUAUAUAUACUGUUUCUCUGGAUGUUUUUUUUUUAUUGUUUUCUGUUAAGGACAUUGAUCGUCAAAAUGUUUCCAAAGUUCUCAAUACUUUGUUGGAUGAACAGAGGUCAAUAAAUUAAAGUAAGCUAAAACAUCGUACCUAAUCUUCUCAGAUAUAUAUUUUUAUUUCUUUGUGAUUUUCAAAAUAUUGAAUGUACUUUAAGAAGAAGCUAUACCAAUAUGUUACAAUUUCUGUUAUGAUAUGAAAAGACCAAAUAAAGUCUCGUGACCUGAAGCUCGAAGUAAGUAAUAUUUUCUGUAGACUAAACAUAAGUAAAUUUUCAUUUUAAUGACGGGAGAAAGUAUGUGCCAGUUCUUUGGUGGUAUCUGUUCUCAAUGUUGUUGUAUUGUUGAAUGUAUAUAUGUAUUUAUUUCAUUUCAAGUAAGUCUACUUUGAAUGACUGUACUUGAGAAUGACCAAUAAAAUUUUCUAUUGUCUGAA